AUGGGCAAAGAUCUGAGCGACGAUCAAAUUUCUUCCAUGAAAGAAGCUUUCACUCUAUUCGACACCGACGGCGACGGCAAGAUCGCUCCAUCGGAGCUCGGAAUCCUCAUGCGAUCUCUCGGCGGAAACCCGACUCAAGCGCAACUCAAAUCCAUCGUCGCAGAAGAGAAUCUCACUUCACCGUUCGAUUUCGCUCGGUUUCUGGAUCUCAUGUCCAAACACAUGAAACCUGAGCCGUUCGAUCGUCAGUUACGCGACGCCUUCAAGGUUCUCGACAAGGAUUCCACUGGAUUCGUCUCCGUCAACGAGCUUCGUCACAUUCUCACCAGUAUCGGUGAGAAGCUUGAGCCUGCUGAGUUUGAUGAAUGGAUCAGGGAAGUUGAUGUUGGUUCUGAUGGCAAGAUUCGCUACGAGGAUUUCAUUGCUAGAAUGGUUGCUAAGUGA